AUGCCGCGUGUGGAGUGCGGGUCCAGUAUUCGCCUCUGUCAAGAUGAUGGGACAUGGUCUGGACAGGAGACUGAAUGUGCUGUGAAGACUUGUCCGGCUCCCAAGGCACCUAAAAAUGGUGCUGUGGUUUGUUCCAAUGAUGACCAUGUUAUUGACACUGAAUGUGAGUUCUCCUGUAUGCCUGGUCACACCCUCGUGGGUUCUAGACAUCGGACGUGCUUGCCCCUUGCACGGUGGGAUGGUCUGCACACAACCUGCAAACCACUAUUUUGCCCUCCACUGCCGAAAGUCCCUCAUGGCCAGUACACACCAGCUGGGUGUGCAACUAAGAAGCAGGUUUAUGGUACCAGGUGCAAUAUCUCGUGUACAGCUGGGUUCCAGCUGAAGGGCCCCAGGUCUCGGGUCUGCGGCGGAGUGGGCAAGUGGACAGGUCAAGAUAUUAACACUUGUGUAGAUGUUACGCCACCAACAAUUCAGUGUCCGGAGGAUAUAGUCAUGGGGACAGAUCCUGAUGAAGAUUAUGCAACUGUCAGCUGGACAGUCCCAGUUGCGGCUGAUAAUGAUGGCCAUCCUCCAACUGUGUGGACUCGACCGGCUGCUCGGCAGCCAAUGAGAGUUAAGAUCGGCAUCAUAACUAUCACCUACGUGGCUUCUGAUGCCACUCGCCAUAAAGCCAAAUGCAAUUUUACCAUCAAAGUUGAAGAUAGAGAAUCACCAUUUGUUGAUCGCUGUGAAUCUCCGCCAACUUUCCUUUUAGAUUCUGGGGAUAAUGCAAGUCUACUCUGGGAUCCUCCACUUUUCCAUGACAAUUCUGGAAAACCUGUUAAGGUGUCUCGCUCUCCAGAUACAGACAUGUUUCCAUAUGGGACAACUGAAGUUACAUACACUGCCUUGGAUAUAUAUGGAAAUAAUGCAACCUGUGUUAUCAGCAUAAGUGUUGAAGAGAAUGUGUGUCAAGAACCAUUGGAUCCCAUUAAUGGGCAUGUGAACUGUACAUCAAAUAUUGACUCUCUGCACUGUACCUUGACAUGUGAAGAGGGAUAUGCUUUUGCUGUCCAACCCCAUGAUUACUUUUGUACUUACGACAGUGAUGGGAGCAUGCUGGCUCCUGACGGCAUUAUUGAUCCCUUUCCUGACUGUUCACUAACAGUCCUGCCAACCUCUAUAUCCCAAGAUGGAGCUAUAGCAGUUGAAGGUGACAGUACCAUUUGUGAGGAUCCAACAUUUUUGAGUCAGGUUGAGAGUCAUGUGAGAGAUAAAAUAACGCAACAGUUAGCUGAAAUCUGCGGUGAUACCCUGUCGUGUCAUGUGGAGGAUAUGGCUACAGUAUGUGACCAAAUUCUGUCAGGCCUAGAGGAAGAAUCAAAUAUAGUGACUAGAAAGAGACGGCACAAUAGCAUACCAAGAAAUGUUGGAACUGUGUCUAAUGGAGCAAUCAGAAUGAUGAACGUAACAAAGAGAUUUUCUAGCCAAAGUAUAACCAUGAAUGAGACACUGAAUGCCAUAGACUCAACAUACCUGAACGUACAUGGGAAGAAAGCUGUUGAGAAGACCCAAGGGAACAAGAUUGAACUUCAGUUUCAUAUGAUAGGUCAUGUCAAAGGUAUGCAGAAUCAAACAAAUCUACAAAUUCUGCAAUCUGGAAUGAAUCGAGCGAAGGAUUCCCUCCACCAUUCAGUAAGGAAGGGAACCGUGCUGAACUUCCCACAUCGCAAGAAACCGCUAAAAAUCAAACAUGUUGAGUUCAAGGAUACAUCAAAGUUCAUUUGUGCGCCUGGCUCCGUAUUUAAAGGCAGCACAUGUGUGAAGUGUCCAGUGGGAACAUACUGUAACAUGACCAUUAGUUCAUGUCAGUCAUGUCCAAUCGGUCAUUAUCAACCUCUGGAGGGAAGCAUUAUCUGUCUCUCUUGUCCGCCAGGAACAUCAACAAGAAGGACACAUGCAAAGAAUGUACAUGAAUGUCGACCUCUUUGCCCUCCGGGUUGUUUUGGCCGGAAACGUAAACACUGGAAGAGUUCUACAGUACCUGGCUUGACACCCUGCACGACGUGUGACUACGGAAGCUACCAGCCCAAACCUGGCCAAACAGAAUGUUCACACUGUCCGGGCAACUGGACAACUCUUAAGAGGGGUUCUGUUGAUCUUGGUGAUUGUAAAGCCUUCUGCCCACCAGGGGAGAUAUCUCAGUCAGGAUUAGUUCCGUGCCUGAAAUGUCCUCCAGGUUAUAAUCAAACUCUGGAAGGACAGAAUUUCUGCUACAAUGAAAAUGGAGAACAGGUUGGAGUCGAGUGCCUCUUGCAGCCCUGUCUUAAUGGAGGAUCAUGUCACAGUUUGGGGUCAGGUGUUUUCACCUGUGAAUGUAGCCCAAGCUUUAUAGGAUCAUAUUGUGAGUUACAAGUGAAGAACUGUGACUCUAGCCCUUGUCUGCAUGGUGCUUCCUGUAUGGACACUGAGCCAUCCCAGUAUAACUGUUCUUGUCUGCCUGGAUACUCUGGUCUUAAUUGUGAGGUAGAAAUUAAUGAAUGCAUUUCUAAUCCUUGUUUGAAUGGUGCAGUAUGUGUUGAUGGUAUCAACAGCUUUACAUGCCUUUGCGUGGAUGGAUUUCAAGGGCUGUUGUGUGAGGAAAAUAUUAAUGAAUGCGUAGCACUUCCUUGUCUACACAAUGCCACUUGUAUUGACGGCAUUGCCAGUUACAGCUGCCAGUGUCUUCAGGGUUAUUCUGGCAGAUUUUGCGAAGUAGAACCAUUUGAUUCUUGCUUGAGUGAACCGUGCUAUAGUGCUGCUACUUGUGUUGUUAGCGGCCUUAAUUACAGCUGUGAAUGUCCUGACGGAUUUGAAGGAAGAAACUGCGAAAUAAAUACAGAUGACUGUUACAGCAGGCCAUGCACCAAUAAUGGAACAUGUAUUGAUUUGGUAGCAGGAUACAAAUGUAAAUGUACAACAUUGUACACUGGAAAUCACUGUGAAUCGAAACUUCCUUCGGAAUAUUUCCUCCGUUUUCCAUCAUCUGGAACGACGGACUAUGUGCUUCUGACUGGUCCACAUUCACCACUCAGUGAGGUUUCUGUGUGUUUGUGGCUGAAAUCUACUGACAGUUUCAACUAUGGCACUGUCUUCUCUUACGCAACAAAUACUUCAGACAACAGUUUCACACUUACUGACUACAAUGGUUUCGUCUUGUAUGUGAAUGGUGAACGGAUUGUGACGGACAUUACAGCAAAUGAUGGAUCCUGGCAUUCCAUAUGUGUCAUGUGGCAUUCUUUAAAUGGGGAAUGGAGCAUCUAUAUUGAUGGGAAACUUGGUGAUAAUGGAACGGGCCUUGCAAAUGGAACAUUCAUUGCAGGCGAUGGAAUUAUGGUUCUGGGUCAGGAGCAGGAUCUGAUGGGCAGUGGUUUUAGUGAGGCAGAGUCCUUCAUGGGGUACCUCUCCAGUGUUGCCAUGUGGGAUUAUAUUCUCCAAGUGACAGAGAUUUGGAACUUAACAAUGCUGUGUGAGAUGUCUUCCAGAGCUGGAAACAUCUUCAUGUGGACAGAUUUCUUGACUGGAAUUCAUGGAGAUCUGAGAAUAGAAAAUUCUUCGUUCUGUUCAGACUGUGUUGUUCCAACAGCUCCUUUCCAUGGAACUGUGUCUGUAUCGAGUGCAGGCAGUGUUGCCGUAUAUUCCUGCAACCUAGGAUUUUCUCUGUGGUGGGGGAAUAUAGAACUCACAACAAUAGAAAGGAAGUGCCUGAAGCAAGGAGAAUGGGAUGGCCCAACUCCAUUCUGCAUACGAAGAAGUUGUGGCUUCCCAGGAUACUUCACUCGGGGUGUGAUACGUGGACGAUCGUACCGUUACACCGACACCAUUCAUUAUUAUUGUAAUCGUGGUUACAAACAGAUUGGUACUCCAGUCCGAGUGUGUAUGGCCAAUGGUAAAUGGAGUGGGGAGGUUCCAAUAUGUGAAGGUAAGACGUGUGAGAUUAUUAAACCUCCAGCCAAUGGGAGUGUUAGAUCUCUCUUGCUUGAGUCCAGUGAUGGCCAAUGGAACUACAGCACAACACUGCAGUAUGGGCACCAGGUAGAAGUGGAAUGUGAUGUGGGCUUCCAGUUAGAGGGAGCCAGCAUACUGAUGUGCCUUGAAGAUGGACAGUGGGAUGACGCUGUCCCUGUCUGUCGUGUCUCAGGCUGCAAGAACCCUCCGCUGAUAUCUCAUGGGUCUAUCAGGAAUUUUCAUACAAAUAUAUCGGCAGUAAAUUUCACUACAAAUUAUUAUAAUAGUAAAGAAUUUUCAGUAUCAGUUGACAGAAACAGAGGAGAUCGGUAUGACGCUGAAGCGGUGGUGUAUGACUUCGGGAAGCAAUUAACUUAUGAAUGUGAGACUGGGCAUGUUUUCCGUCAUGACACAGAAAACUCAGAGCUGCACAUUACCUGUGAUGAAAAUGGUGUUUGGAACGGCCAAGUUACUGACUGCGUUAUUGUUGAAUGUCCGACACCUUUGGCGUUAGAUCAUGGUAGGGUUUCAUUAAAGACAAAUUACAGUGAUACUGCAAAUGAGAGAAGACAAAAUGCAUCAAUUUUAUCAAGUGAUGGAAGUCUUUAUGUGUAUGGCACUGAGAUUGAAGUAAGUUGUGAGCUGGGGUACAGACUUGUUGGUCCCGGUAUUCGUGAGUGUUUGAAAAAUGGUAAAUGGUCUUCGUCAGAGCCACACUGCGAACGGGUGACGUGCGAUCUAUCGACGCUCGGUCUGCAUUCCGAUCCUCCCACUCGUGUCACAGAAAAUGGUGAAUUUAAUGUUAGUGGUGAUUUUUAUGAUGCCUUAGCAGAUUUUAUAUGCAAACCUGGCUUCAGACUAACUUUUCCCAUGUUCAAUUCAUCGUGGUCGCUGACGAAACUUACUUGGACUUGUCAGCUAAGUGGUUCCUGGGUGUUGUUCAACAAUACUUAUGCUGGAAGUGAGUUGAUUGAUGCUAUUCUGAAGAGAGGUCAGGCUCUGUGUAAGCCUUUUCAGUACAAAUGUCCUCAACCCAAGGAUCCUGAUAAUGGGUACAUCCUUAAGGAUGAAUCAUCUGAAAUUUUUACAGUAGGUAGUGCUGUAAAAUUCAAAUGUCGAUUGGGUUACAUCCUUCAUGGUUCAGAUAUUUCCACUUGCGAAGAAGAUGGACAGUGGAGUCAUGAUAACACAACGUGUGCUCCUGUGCAGUGUCAGACUCCUCCUACUCCACAUCAUACAGAGUUAGACAAUAUUGCCAAGGAAUAUCUGUAUGGUAACAUGUUGUACUAUCGUUGUAAGGAAGGCUACAAAGCAUUUGGUGUUAUGACAUCUCGUUGCCUUGCCACUGGCAAGUGGGCCCGGGUUCGAGGAAAAUGCACGCGUGUUUCAUGUGGCAAACCACCUGUUCAAAAUGGUGCAACAAUUCUUGGAGAUUCUUACCUUUAUCAGGACCAUGUGGUUUACGGUUGUCCACCUGGAAUGAAAGUGAGCUCUCAUCCUGUCAUCACGUGUCUAAGUGAUGGAACGUGGAGUGGAAAUCCAACCUGUCAGGAAACUUGAGUAAGGCGUUAUAAGGCGGUUCCUUUCCACUCAGUAACUGCAUCUGUGCUCUAUCUUACAUUGACUGAUACUUGAACACAGGGAUAAAUUAAACACAUCUCUAAUAUGCCACAGAUUUAAAGGAAAGCUCGUCUGUCUGAUGCCAUAUAUUUCAAUCAGUCUUUUCCUCAUUUUUGUAGAAAGAAAUAGGUUAGUGAGAUCGCUGUACUGUCUCUGUUUUCCAGUUUCAACUGUUAAACGAGUCAACUGAUGUACACAAAAUGUUAACGUAUGUUUUGAUUUCCUAUAAUCAAUAUUAAAAUCAUGGUUAAUUCACAGAUGUAUGUAUGCGUUAUGGUUUAUCAUCAUCAGCAUUACUAUUAGGCUUUGGACCAGUGAUCGCUUAAAUUUUUAAAAUAUAUUUUUAAGUCACCAAA